CGGGCGGCGUGGCGCGGGCCGGAACUGUAUGUAAAGCGGCGGCGCAGGGCACGGAGCCAGUUUCCGUCGGCAGCAGCGCUCGCGGGUCAAGAUGUCGAUCGAAAUCGAGUCCUCCGAUGUGAUCCGACUGAUCAUGCAAUACUUAAAGGAGAACAGUCUCCACCGAGCUCUUGCCACCCUUCAAGAGGAAACUACUGUGUCACUCAAUACUGUGGACAGUAUAGAGAGCUUUGUGGCGGACAUAAACAGUGGGCACUGGGACACGGUGCUGCAAGCCAUACAGUCCCUGAAGCUGCCUGACAAGACCCUCAUUGAUCUCUAUGAGCAGGUUGUGUUGGAGUUGAUCGAACUUCGGGAACUUGGUGCUGCCAGGUCUCUUCUGAGACAAACAGACCCCAUGAUCAUGCUCAAACAAACUCAACCAGAGCGGUACAUCCAUCUUGAAAACCUUCUGGCCAGGUCUUACUUUGAUCCUCGUGAGGCAUACCCUGAUGGAAGUAGCAAGGAGAAGCGGAGAGCUGCUAUUGCACAGGCUCUAGCUGGAGAAGUCAGUGUGGUACCUCCAUCUCGUCUCAUGGCAUUGCUGGGGCAGGCUCUGAAGUGGCAGCAACAUCAGGGCCUGCUUCCUCCUGGUAUGACAAUUGACUUGUUCAGAGGCAAAGCAGCUGUGAAAGAUGUAGAAGAGGAAAAAUUCCCCACACAGCUGAGCAGACAUAUUAAGUUUGGGCAGAAGUCGCAUGUGGAGUGUGCUCGGUUUUCCCCAGAUGGACAAUACCUGGUCACUGGCUCUGUUGAUGGCUUCAUUGAAGUCUGGAACUUCACUACUGGAAAAAUCAGGAAGGAUCUGAAGUACCAGGCACAAGAUAAUUUCAUGAUGAUGGAUGAUGCAGUGCUGUGCAUGUGCUUCAGCAGAGACACAGAAAUGCUAGCCACUGGAGCCCAGGAUGGAAAGAUCAAGGUGUGGAAAAUCCAGAGUGGUCAGUGUCUGAGAAGAUUUGAACGAGCCCACAGUAAAGGUGUUACAUGCCUCAGUUUCUCUAAAGACAGCAGCCAAAUCCUCAGUGCUUCUUUUGAUCAGACAAUCAGGAUUCAUGGAUUAAAAUCUGGGAAGACCCUGAAGGAAUUCCGUGGCCAUUCUUCCUUCGUCAACGAGGCUACUUUCACCCAGGAUGGCCACUACAUUAUCAGUGCAUCCUCUGAUGGCACAGUGAAGGUUUGGAAUGUGAAGACAACAGAAUGCUCAAACACUUUCAAGUCUCUUGGCAGCACUGCUGGGACUGACAUUACUGUGAACAGUGUCAUUCUGCUGCCCAAAAAUCCAGAGCACUUCGUGGUCUGCAACAGAUCCAACACAGUCGUCAUUAUGAACAUGCAAGGACAGAUUGUAAGAAGCUUCAGCUCUGGUAAGAGAGAAGGAGGUGACUUUGUCUGCUGUGCGCUUUCGCCUCGUGGAGAGUGGAUCUACUGCGUGGGUGAAGAUUUUGUGCUCUAUUGCUUCAGCACAGUGACUGGCAAGCUGGAGAGAACCCUGACUGUUCAUGAAAAAGAUGUCAUUGGCAUUGCUCAUCACCCCCACCAGAACCUGAUUGCCACCUACAGUGAAGAUGGGCUCCUGAAGCUCUGGAAGCCAUAGCUUGUCUUGACAAGGAGCCACGAAGCCUUCCUGUGAUGUUUGCAGGCUGUGUUUGUGCUUUUAGCAAGGUCUAAAUGCAGAGUUUUCAGUUUCCAAUUUUCAGUUCAGUUGUUCCAGAGAAGAAGGUUUUUAUUCCUAAUGUCAAGUAAAUUGAUGAUGCUUAAGUAU